AUGGGCCGCAAAGAUGAAUCUGAUUACGAAAAAGGUGCAACUGAACCGGUGGUGGAGACGAGUUACAAAACUAGCAUGGAUUUUAAUGGAAAUGGAGAGAGCUCGUUUGAGUUCUGGCCGGUUCAGCACCCCUCUGAACCGCCAGAGGAAGACAGACCCGUCGAGUGCCCAAUGCCUGCAGGCUCAUCUGUUAUAAAUGCAAGUAUUGUUUCCUGCAUAUUCAAAUUUAAUGUUCACAUGCACCAAUUAUUUCCAUGUACUACUCUGAGUCUUGAUUUUUUGCGGAAGGUUCAAGUUCUUAUUGACAAAGUCUCAUGUGUACAGGGUAAUGGCAAAUUGCAGCAGAAAUUUUCUGAGAGAUUGCAGAGAAACUCAGCAGCGUUCAACACCGAAAAGAGACUGGAUCGUGUGCUUCCAAUUCAAGCAACACGCAAGAGGCAUCACCGAGAACAAAUGACAAAACCUUUAUUAGGGAGGCAUUCUCUCGACCAAUUUCUUCCACCCCGCAACAUUACCAUGUUUCAAAUGCUAAACAAGUUUGAUUCUUGA